AUGUACGCUUCUCAGAGAGAUUCUACACAAUAUUCUUCGGCGGUGGCGCUACGAGGUCGGGCCCAUCCGACUUAUAACACGGAAUAUCAACAACCCGAUGUUAUGCUUGUUGGGGAUCACAAUGCUCAAAAUCUUGUUUCCGAUGAACAAAAUCCAGAUGACAUAGGUAUCGAGCCUAUCGAUCUUGAGGAGGUCCAGAAGAUCAAUGAAAGAAUGCCGGUUUCUGAUCCCAAUGCUCCUGUUGGCUCAAAUAAAAAUCCAAUUCGAAUAAUACAACAGGGUAAUCAGUACAUUACUACUCAGGAUGUAUCAGAUGAACACUUACAACAAAUUAUACAAGUAAGCGACUUUAUACUUGAUUCCAACCUAUGA